AUGAUUACUAUAUAUUUAUGGGGUCAUGGUAAUCGUCCUGAAUUGAUUAGCGUGGAUAGCAUAGCUAUAUAUUGGUAUUUGCAAACCCUAACAGAACGAAAUGAUAUAGAAAUUGUCUUUGCCAAUAAUACCGAUCUUUCUUUCACAAGAACACUACCUCUAUUGAAAGAUGAUAUCGAGAAUAUAGACUUGGUUGGAUAUGGUAAUAUAAUUGAAUACUUAAUGCUAAAAACUAAAGAUAAUGACAAUACGCUUUCUAUGAAUGAACUUUUAUUAGUUCAGUACCUAAAUAACAAAAUGGAUUUAAUAGUUAAAUAUUUCUUAUAUUUAAACCAUCAAAACUAUAAGGAAUAUACUCGUAUUAUAUUUACCCAACUAUUGUAUUGGCCAAUGUGGUAUAAUACACCACGUAAAUAUAAAGUAGAAACUCGUGUAUGUUGCGAAGAUACUUUUGCUCUUUUAAAGAUCCGUGAAGAUACAAACUGUGAUGCAGAUGAUUCAGAUGAUGGUGAUCUACCACCAGGUCUAAUACAAAGCAAGACUUUUAAAAUGAAUCAAGAUAAACGAAAAAAGUCUAAACAUCAAUUGAGGGAGAGUAGUAAUCAAUUACAGAUGACACAUAUAUUAAAAGACAUAUUAAAUGAAUAUCAAGCCAUGCGCAAGAUUGUUCCUGGAGAAUCUAUUCCCGUCGACCUAUACUACUUAGCUCAUUUAUAUAUCUUAGUACAAUUACCAGAUCACAAUGAUACUUCACAAAUCAUUCAACAAUAUCACUACCAAGACUACUGUACUCUAGAUAAAUAUAUUCAAACAUUCUCUUCAACAAAAUCUACUAUUACCAUUAGAGAACCUCAUUUCACGGAAUUGGGGAAUGUUGCAAUGUCAUUAUAUCGCAGAGUACCGUACUUAUAA